AUGGAGAACCCCGCGAAAUACCUCUCAGUGCACGAGAGCCACUCCGUCCCGUUACCUCUUGGGGAGAUUAUGUGGAACUCGACCGAAUCGGAGGCAACAUCCAACGGUGGAAAGGAAUUGGUCAUCCGGACAGUGACGGGCUGUUUGCUCUCCCUGCUCAUCCUGUGGACACUACUGGGAAACAUUAUGGUGUGCUCCGCCGUACUCCGAAUUCGGCACUUGCGAAGUAAAGUGACCAACAUUUUCAUCGUUUCUUUGGCUGUGUCGGAUUUAUUCGUUGCAGUUCUGGUGAUGCCAUGGAAAGCUGUGGCCGAGGUGGCGGGGUAUUGGCCGUUUGGUACUUUUUGUAAUUACUGGGUGGCUUUUGAUAUCAUGUGCUCAACUGCGUCCAUCCUCAACCUCUGCAUUAUCAGCGUGGAUAGAUAUUGGGCCAUAUCAAGUCCGUUCCGGUACGAGAGAAAAAUGACCCAACGAGUUGCCUUCGUUAUGAUAAGCGUCACGUGGACGUUGUCUGUACUCAUUUCAUUCAUACCAGUCCAACUGAACUGGCACAAAGCCAGCGAAGACGAAAUAGUUGGAGUCCAUAACGCCUCCUUGGGUAAAGUAGAAGAAAACUGUGACUCUAGCCUCAACAGAGAAUACGCCAUAUCUUCAUCUUUAAUAAGUUUCUACAUACCCGUAGCAAUUAUGAUUGUGACAUACACGAGAAUAUAUCGGAUUGCUCAGAUCCAAAUCAGGAGGAUAGCUUCCCUAGAGCGCGCGGCGGAGCACGCGACAAGUUGCAGGACCAACAACAGACUCGAGUGCCAACACCACAAUACCUUGAAAACAUCUAUUAAAAGGGAAACCAAAGUUUUAAAAACGUUAUCGAUCAUUAUGGGCGUCUUUGUGUGUUGUUGGUUACCUUUCUUUAUUUUGAACUGCAUAGUUCCAUUUUGUGAUAAACCACCGACUGACAAAGACGCAGGUCUCCCUUGCGUGAGCGAGACAACUUUUGACGUUUUUGUUUGGUUCGGCUGGACUAAUUCAUCCAUGAAUCCUAUUAUUUACGCUUUUAACGCAGAGUUCAGAAAAGCAUUUGCCAGUCUGCUGGGUUGUCGUAAUUUCUGCUCCAGAACACCCGUUGAAACUGUAAACAUUAGCAACGAGCUGGUCUCUUACAACCAGGACACCCUUGUCCACAAAGAAAUCGUGAAUGCCUACGUCAAUAUGAUCCCCAACGUAGUGGAAUGCAUUGAGCACGAGGACACGUUUGACAGGAUAUCACAGUUAUCUCACAACAAUGAAAAUGUCACCGACUCUGUUUGUGACUUGGAAGACUGUGAGGCAGAUAUUAGCCUCGACAGGAUGACACCAUUCACCCCCAAUGGUUUACAUUGA